AUGCCGAGAGCAUUGGAUCCACUUUCAGUUGUUGAGGUUCUGCCUAAUAACAAGCGGAAGUGUAACUUCUGCGGGAAUGAGUACGUUGGAGACACGAAGAGGAUCGAGGCGCAGUUUGCUGGGGUAGGAGGAUGUGGAAUUCUUGGCUGUAAGGUCUUCAAUGACCGAGUGAGAUCAGAAGCACCAGAGGUGCUGAAGGGUGAAAGAGCAGUGGAAUCGAGCAAGAGACAAGGCAAUGAUGAAGGUUCAUCCAACCUUACACAGAGUUCGCAUCAGCCCUUGACUGCGGACAGUGAAGUUGCUCGGUGUAAGACUUCAUUUGUUGCCAUGCCGUACCUGAGCUAUGGUGCAGGUUCGUCAACCUUUCUUCCAUCGGCUGAGAUGAAUUUUCCCAAUCAGUCUGUUGCUGCUUUAACCAACAUACCACGCCCGCUGAAUGCCAAAGAGGGAGAACUCAAUACAGAGGUUCCACAUGGUGCGAGACCGCAUCUUGGACGGGCUAAGAGUCAACAAGGUACCUGUGGGCUUGCCAACGCGAAUAUGAUGUCUCUCAAAAGAAAGCUGGAAGAACUCAUCAGCAGUCGCCAAGAAAACAUGAACAAGCUAAAGUCGAAGUGGAUGAGGAUAGAAGAGCAAUAUUGGAGUGUAGUGCGGGCAAUUAGAGAAGGAAUAUCUUUUCCACCGGAGAAAGUAGCAGAGGUGGAAGGGUUGAGAAAAGAAGUUGAACAGAUUCUUCUGGUUCCAGGAAGAUUUCGGCAAGAGGCGAUGGCACUUGUUAGAUUUAGCAAAACAUCUCCCUUGGUGACAACAGAAGAAUUAGUAGGCAAAGAAACUCGACGGAAGGUGAAUGAGAUUUUUUUCACUAUAUUGCGGAAUGAGUCUUUCAUACUCGGUGUUUAUGGUAUGGGUGGAGUGGGCAAGACGGCCAUUUUGAGGCAUGUCUAUAUUAGUCUACCUGCUUAUCUUCCAUCAUAUGUAUUCGGGAUUGCUGUACCUCCGGAUUUUAGUGUUUAUGCGCUACAAGAAGAGAUUGCCAAUGCGGUUGGACUAGACAAUCUUUCGAAUGAGAAGGACGUGAAGAGAAGGGCGGGCCUAUUGUAUGGACAUCUGAAUUCAAAGAAGGGAUGCAUCCUAAUUUUAGAUGGCCUUUGGAAGCCCUUUGAAGUUAAGGAUGUGGGUAUUCCAGUCGAAACGGGCAAACUAAAGUUGAUAGUGACAACUCGAUCACCGAUGAGAACUCCUCGAGAAGUUGAACAAAUUGCAAGGUCUCUUCUUGAUAGGUGUUGUGGUCUACCACUUGGGAUCAUUGAGAUUGCAACUCGCAUGAGAGGGGUAGAGAAAGAGCGUGACUGGAGAGACAUGUUGGGAAAUUUAGAAGAGUCUAGGAUGGAGCUUGACAUGUUCAAGAGUCUGCAGCUCAGUUACUUGAACUUGGGUAAUGAACAAGUGCAACAGUGUUUCCUACAUUCAAUGCUUUGUUCUGGAAAUCUCCUUUCAGAAGCUGACAGAGAGUAUUUGAUAGAGUCUUUUAUAGAAGAAGGUUUGUUAGGUGGAAUUGCCACCAGGCAAGGACUGUAUGAUCAGGGUAACGAUAUAUUGGAUAAAAUAGAAGGGGCCGGGCUGUUGGAUCCUAAAAAAGGGCAUCGGUAUCUACACCCGUUGGCAAGGGACAUGGCAUUGCAUGUAGUACGGAGCACAACUCACAUGGUUAAGGCCUAUAUGGGGUUGAAAGAAAUACUGGAGGAAUUGGAGAGCUUGGAAGCAUUGUUACUGCAAAGUUGUUUUGCAUUACGCUUUAUUCCUUAUGUCGGAAAGUUGGGAUCCCUAAGAAAGUUGGACCUCAAAGGGUGCGAAAGUCUUGAAGAAGUGCCAGAGGGUAUGGAGAUGUUGGCAAACCUGAGGUACCUCGCCCUAGAUGGCACAGAGAUAGAGACAUUACCGGAGGGAGUGUUGGGGAAGCUGGUGAACUUGCAAUAUCUCGCGAUUAAAAGCUAA